AUGUCGUUUGCAGGUUCUUUAUUAAUAUCUGCAAUUAGUGGGGCCAUCUAUAAAUAUGGGGGGCAAGAGUUCCAGCCAAUUGAAGAGGUUCCCAUGGGGAUUAAAGAGUUGAGCGUUGGGUUUGUGCAAGAUAGGAUUCUGCUUGUUACGAGUAGAGCGACGAAUAUUGCAACAAAUGCCACACCUGAUUUUUUCCGUGAUCAGGUUUACAGGUAUCCUGUAAGGGCAUUUAUUAGGAGUUUCACUACACGGCGGUAUUUUGCCAUGAAUUUGGGUACAUUUUUGGUAUAUGCAAUAUUGUACAGUGUUGUCACGUUUGUUUAUUUUCUGACGAUAUUCCCAAUUUAUUUGGGUCUUUCUGUGAUUUUGGGGCCUGCUGGUAUUGUUAUCGCUUGGGCACAUAUGUUGCUACAUACCAAUAACCUUACGAUGAUGGUUUUAAGAAUGACACAAGUUUCCAAGUUUUCAUUGAAAAACGCAUUAAAGGUCAAUGGGAAUAUAGAAUUGUUACAAGAUCCUCCUACUCCUGUGAAGUUGUUUUAUCCUCUUGAUACUCCAUACUUUUGGAUAAACCAUUUCCCAUGGAAGACUGUUGAAUAUAUUGUUGGUGCAGUUUCCAUGGGCGUGUUGUUGUUGGUGUCUGCGAUCCCCCUAGUUGGUCCCAUUAUGUUCAACAUAAUUAUAGCGCCAUUCGUUACCAGACUUUACCUAGCAAAGUAUUUGAGAUUGAAGGGCUUCAACAACUUACAAAGAGAAGAAAGAUUUUACGACAAUUUCGGGCAAUACCUGGCAUUUGGGAUAGUAGCCAGCUGUUUAGAGAUUCUACCGAUUGUUUCGGGUGUAACGUUCGCCACAAAUAAUAUUGCUAUCGCUCUAUGGGACCCAGAAAAAGAACCAUCGUUCUUGUCUCCAAAUGACGAUGAUGAAGAGGAUGAAGAAGAUGAAGAUGAAGAUGAAGACGAAGACGAAGACGAAGACGAAGAUGAUGUUGUAACUGAGGCAACCUCGAGUAACAACGGUUCUCCUUGCGAGACUACACCAUGA